AUGCUUUCUUUGCAGGUUGCCAUAAAAGUUGUGAAUAAAAAGCUUCGCGGAAUGCGGUACAUUGUUGGAUUUUCUACAUAUGUGAUCCCAGAAGCACGUCAUAUGAUGCUCCUCAAGAGACCUCCGCUCUGCCCACACAUCAUAGAGCUGUACGAGUACGCCAUGGAGGGAAGGAAUAACUACCUGGUCAUGGAGUACUUGUCCUCGUACAUAUCCUUGGGGAAGUUCAUCAGGAAGAACAAUGGCCGCCUGAGUGAGAGUGUUGCACGGCAGCUGAUCAUGCAGAUCAUUAUUGCAGCACAACGCUGCAUUGAGCAUGGCAUACACCAUCAGGACAUGCAUAAAGAAAACAUCAUGGUUAAUCCAAAGACCCUGCAGCUCAAGCUGAUUGAUUUCGGCUACUGUUUUCAUGUUCCAUGUGACUACAGGAGAGACCCCACUCUGGGAGUAACGAGAUACCGUAAAAAGGAGAGGGAACCCUACAGAUACAUUCUUCAUGCUGUUAGUGAGAAUGUCGGCGAUGUUAGAAAACUGCUGUCAUAUAUGGUCAAUGGACAUCUCUAUUUCUCCAGAUAUAGACGUCCACGAUUUCACCCCAGUUUGUCAGCAGAAUGCCGGGAUCUGUUUCGGUGGUUAUACACUUACUUCCCUGAAAGAGGACCAGUUUUAGAGGAGAUUUUAGAGCACAAGUGGUUCAGCAUGAAGUAG